GUUUCAAAAACAUGUCUGAAAAAACGGUUGAGACGAUAGUUGUUGAACUACAAGAAGCUAUUACUGAUAAACUUCGAGUCAUUUUAGGAGAAGAAGGUGUUGAAAUUCUUACGGAAUAUGUAUGGCAUAUGCUUGUCAGCUCAAAACGUAAUCGUCAGCAUAUUACUCAAGAACUUCAAGAAUUCUUAGCCAAAGAUACGGCAUCUUUUGUGGAUUGGAUUCUGACUGUUAUAGUGCCGGAAAUUGAUACAUAUAUUCAAAAUGAAGGUAUAGGCAAUAGUAAAGAUAGAUCGACGGAUGCUUCAUUAGAACACGAAAAGUAUCAAGAAAAAAAAAAUCAAGGAGAAAAUCUACGCCGUCCUAAUGAUACCGUUUCUGAUAGUCUGAGUAAUGAAAAAAAUGUAUCAAAAUAUGCGAAAACCCAUGUACCAUCCAACUUGUCAUCCGUUGAAGAGAAAAGAAGUCGACUUUUAGGUCUUGCGGUUCAUCAAGCAGUGCAUAAUCCAAAAAAAAUUUCAGCUCAGAAUUUAUCUAGUGAUGUAAGACAGGAUGCAUUUUCUUCUACUAUUCAUUCCAGCAUGAAACCAUUUAAAGGGCAUUUUCGAAACGCUCAAUCUUCUAAACACGUACGACAUCGGUUUCCUUCAGUUUUAAAUAGUUACCCUGGGCAUAUAGGAUCUCAAAAAUUGAAUGGGGGAAACACAAACUUUGAUUUUAUUAAUUCAAGUAGUACUAAUGGCGCCUCUGAAGUAACGCGUCGUGCUCCCUUUAUGAAUGCCUACCCAAAUAAUGAUUUAGCAGCUGAGUGUGAAGAUAUUUUAGAAGAUUCAAAUGUGUCAUCGUUCGCUCCACCCAAUCGCGUUUCAGCAAGAAUGAUGAAUAACUAUACCCGCCCUCGAUGUUAUGUUCCAACACCUCCGCUUGACGCGUAUGGUGCAACAGCUGCACCUUCAGUCGAGAGUAUUUUUGAGCUCCGACAAGUUGCAGCAUCUCUUGGUUAUACAUUAACUCCACAAAAUGUUUGCUCAUAUCCUUCGACGAUGAUCCAACCAUCUGUCCAAAAACAAAAAAAACGAUGCACAAAGUGGCCAGAUUGUCCGUUCGGAGAUCAAUGUCAUCAUAUUCAUCCUUCAGAAAUGUGUAACAAUUGGCCUCACUGUUCUUUUGGAGCUUCCUGCUUUUAUAUUCAUCCUCAAGUAGCGUGCAAAUUCGGUUUAAAUUGUCAUAACUGUAACUGUAAUUACUCUCAUCCUGAAGGCUGGGAUCCGACUAAAAAUGCUGUUCGCUUAUCUAAACAUAAGGCUUAUUACCAAAAUAAAACUUUAAAUUGUAUGCAAGAAGAUACAUUACAACCGAAUGAGGCGUCUUCCACUUUAAGUAAAAGUGAAGAAAACAUACCAGAAUAUUGUGCACAAACGUUACAAGGAAAUAUUCAAGAAGGUUUUGGAACGGAGCUUUCAACAGAUGUUGAUAUGAAUGCGUAAUACUAUCUUUAUAUGCGUGAAGAAUCGUUAGUUGUCUAAUCAUUGAAAAAAAAAGCUUCUUCAAAUAAUAAAACCCUUUACAUAGAGAUUUGUUUCACAAGAAUAUUUUUUUUUACUAUUUUCUAAUUAGUUCAAACAAAAAAAAAACUACUUGUGACGUAAUUUUAAAAAGAAAUAAAAACGUAUUAGUGAGAAAAACCUUCACGUUUAAAUUAAAAAAAAAAGCU